AUGUCGAAGAGAACUGCGUCGUCUAACGAACUUCAAGAUAACACCAGCAGGGUGGUUCAAUCCAAGACUGCUUUGGAAUCAAUUCCUUCUUUAGCUGAUGGAGAUGAAGACAUUGAAAUGAAUGAUGGAGAUAUUGGUGAGUUCGAAGAUCCUUAUGGUGACGACUUCGAAAGUGAAGGAGAAAUCAUCGAAGUUGACGACGAAGAUAAUGAAGAUGAAGAUAUUGUAAAUGAGGAUUUUCUUGAACAGAAGCAGCAAAAUGCACAGGAAAUAGUUGAACAGGACCGUAACCAAGAACAAGACCAGGGUAAACAGUUGUAUUUGCCUCAUUUGUCUAAGCCGCUAGGGCCUGAUGAAGUUUUGGAGGCUGAUCCUACCGUUUAUGAAAUGUUACACAAUGUGAACUUGCCGUGGUCAUGCAUGACGCUGGAUAUUAUUCCUGAUCUUUUGGGCUCUGAGAGAAGAAAUUAUCCUCAGUCAAUUCUCAUGACGACAGCUACACAGGCGUCAAAAAAGAAGGAUAACGAGUUAUUGGUAUUAAAGAUGUCACAACUAACCAAGACUCUGGUUAAGGAAGAAGAAGAUGAAAAUGAUGAGGAGGAGGAUAACGAAGACAAUGACUUGGAUCCUAUUAUCGAAAAUGAAAGCAUUUCAUUGAAGGACACUACCAACAGAAUUAAAAUUUCUCCUUUUGCAGCUGAAUCACCUGAAGUGCUAGCAGCAACUAUGAGUGAAAACGGUGAAGCUUAUAUUUACGAUUUAGGUCCUCAAGUUAAGGCUUUUACUUCUCCCGGUUACCAAAUUCCAAAAACCGCCCAAAAACCGUUGCAUUCCAUUAGGAAUCAUGGCAAUGUGGAAGGUUACGGUCUGGAUUGGUCUCCUCUAAUCAAAACUGGCUCCAUAUUAACAGGUGACUGUUCUGGUAGAGUCUACCUAACACAGAGAACUGCGUCUAGAUGGGUUACAGAUAAACAACCAUUUACUGUGGGUAAUAAUAAAUCCAUCGAAGAUAUACAAUGGUCUCGGGCUGAAAUGACCGUCUUCGCUACAUGUGGUGUCGACGGUCACAUCAGAAUCUGGGAUACUAGGUCCAAGAAACACAAACCAGCUUUGUCUGUUAUGGUUUCUGACACAGACGUUAAUGUCAUGAGUUGGAACGAAAAGAUUGGCUAUCUAUUGGCCAGUGGUGAUGACAGCGGCACUUGGGGUGUUUGGGAUUUAAGACAGUUUUCUGCUCAGAAUACCGAGAAAACUACACCUGUCGCACAGUACAACUUCCAUAAGGCUGCCAUUACAUCUAUCAGCUUUAACCCAUUAGAUGAAUCAAUAAUUGCCGUUGCGUCCGAAGACAACACUGUCACUCUAUGGGAUUUGUCCGUCGAGGCUGACGACGAAGAAAUUAAACAGCAAACUGCGGAAACAGCAGAAUUACAGCAGAUUCCUCCACAACUGCUAUUCGUACACUGGCAAAGAGAUGUCAAGGAUGUCAAGUGGCAUAGACAAAUUCCAGGUUGCUUAGUUAGUACCGGUACUGAUGGUUUAAAUAUCUGGAAAACUAUCAGUGUCUAG